AUGGGACUCGACUGUGACUGUAUCAAUUCCGAACCGGAUCUGGUCCAGACAAUUUGUGCACCAAACUGUUACAGUAAACAGGCAAUUCGACUGGACAAACGACUUUAUCAGAUUGAUGUGGCGAACGCUCGGAUAGCUACCCUGGGCAGCUUGGCCGGCGCCGCAGUCCUCGCGUCCGACCAAUUAGCUUUGGAAUUCCUGCAAAACACGCGGGAUCGAAUGCGAAAGCAACAGGUGACGCUGUUCGACGAAGCGGACAAAAUGAUUUCCACAUUCAUGGCCGAUCCGAAAAGUGUGCUGAACGAGAACGAAACAAAACUCUCUCCCCGAUCACCCGAAGCAACCGAUAAGGUCCAAUUCAUUAUUGAUGAACCAGACACAGAUACACAGGAUCUGAGAUGGGAAAUGAACAGCUUACAUUUCAGCACGGAUGCCACAUCUAGCGAGAGUGACGAAGAGGGUCCUCCACCGGAGGAAAUUCAAAAUUUGGCCAAAGAGAUCCGCAAAACCGAAGGAACCCGGUACAAACGAAAAGGUUUAAUUCAUCGUCAUAAAACUAACGGGGACAGUGGAAGUAUGAUCAAACCACCACCACCCAAUCCUCUAGGUCAUUCACGACGAGCUCUGAUGCGAUCCCACUCGACCGUGCCAGGUGGUAUGUGCUCACAGGGUCAGUCUGCUCUUGGUUCAAACAUAUCCCUCGUAUCCACCGGUCACAAUCAGCAACAAGCAUCCAGUCGUGGUCUGAAACGCAAUCAAUCUACGAAUGCCGGAUUGCCAUUCAAUUUACUCAGUCUGACUGGUCAACUAUCGUGGCUUGUCUCAGAGUACAUGGAACGGGGCAGCUCCACAUACCAGUGGGCUUGUGAAUUGAUUCACUCGAUCAGUCGAAUGUCGGUGACCCGUUCCACCUGGCUAAAUGUGCAUCAACAGUUGCGUGAGACCACGGAACUGUUGUACGCGCAUCGGGGACGCGCGCCAAAACCGGUCACACCAACAGCCGCGUCAGCCAAAGGUGAGAUCGCAUGGACCAAUAUACAAGGCGCGUACCAGGCUAUCAUUAUGGGUGAUAGUAACGCGGCCACGGUGACCGCGGAAACAGCCAGACAAUUGUUCUCAUCGUGCAACACGAAGACAGAUAAACAUUUGACCAAUUUGAACAAUUUGUUAGAAAAGAAAUUCCAUUUGGCCUAUGUGUGCGAUCUGAUAUUGUGGCGUGCGCAUAAAGUCCUAUUCAUUGCACAAGACAGUCGAGAACGGGAUAGUGGAUUGCAACAGUUAACCGAUUUCCGGAUACGACUGAUGCAACUGCGUUUGGAUCAGGCGAAUGUGCAAAACUGGUCACCGGAACUGGUCGACUGGAUACUCCGAUGGUUGGAUGAGGUGAUUGACAACAAAUCCGGUCACCGUCCACCCGGAGUGGAUCGAUAUUGUUUGAACGAGUUGCAUGUGUUUAAAACAUCCAUUCAAAGAUUUCACACACUUGUCCAGGAUAUUGCCCAGUCCGAGUUCACUUCAGCCGAUUAUCUUAGCGCUAUUGUAAAAGACGAGGACAAUCUGAGUAUGGCCACUGGGUAUGCGGACAGUGUUACCACGCAUCAGAAUCAUCAUUUACAUCCGUAUCAUUAUCAUCAUGGGCAAGGUGGUCAUCAACAGGAUCUACGUCCACUGGAUGCCGAUCGUUGCUCUCACACGUAUGCUGCUCUGAUUAAACAAAUUCACGAUCAUGCGAUGAGUCAACGUCCGUUGAGCUAUUUUGCCGUACGUGCCCUGUACGACAUAGCCAUGGAAUUGGGCUGUGAGAUUGACUGGAAUGAACGAAUGGAAACAUUGCAAGGGGAAUUGGAGCGAGCGUUUGAAGAAUGGGAUCAACUGUUCAAAAUUCGAUUCCCACCGGACUAUUACGAUCAGGUGAUUGGGAAGGGGACCCCAAGUGAAUUGUGA